AUGAUAAAUGCUACCAAACAUAAGGCACAAAAUGUUGUUAUUCCAGUGACACGAUGUUCAGCUAGAACUGAGCCUGUUAAGAAAACACAAGACACCAGUACUCAGUUUCCAGAACCAAUUCAUACCUCCACUAAUGAUGCAACAUCUGCACCUCAAGCAAAAAUUGAUGUAACUUCUUGCCAGCCCAAGGGUAGUGAUGCGAAUGCAGGUAUUGGUGCUUAUAAGAGCAAACAAGUUUUUUAUUGCGGCUGCGGUUCCAUUAGUGAAUUGACUUAUUCAAAUGAUGAAAGUGAUGAAGACUCGGAUGAGAGUUGGGAAGAUUCUGAUGAGGACUGGGAUGCAGAUGGAGAGUAUUCUGAGGAUGAGGAGGAGUUUUUUGGUAGGAAGGAUGGGAAGGGUUAUUACAAUGGUUGGGUUCGCAAUUACAAGAAUUUGGAUAAUUUGGAGGAGGAUUACACGGAACAGGAGGAAGAAAUUAAUGUUGAAGAUAGUGGCGACGAGGGGGAUAAAAACGACAAGAACGGAGAGGAUGAGGACACGGAGAGGAAGGAGGACAAGCAUAGGAAGCAAGGGGAUGAGGUUGAUGAAGACGAGGACGAUGAAGACAAUGAGGAAGAUGAUGAUGAAGAAGAUAAGGAUGGAAAUGCUGAUAUGUUUUCUCAUGGUAAGUGGCAAAAUGAAAGAGAUGAGAAAAAGGAGGAAGAAGAAGACUUUAAAGGCAAGUCUUAACUUUAAGCAUUUUUUUAAUAAUAAAAAAAUUGUUAAUCUGAAAGUCGCUGCUGUUACUACUAGCGAGUGGCUUUCCUCCCCACACCCACACUGGCCUUGCAUCUUUCUUUAACAGCAUCGUAAAAUUUAAAUUUAAACGUAAUCAUGAGGUGCCUAAGCAUUAAGGAAGGCUCUGGCAACAAAAGGGUGUGAGCCCAUAAUGAAACAAACAAUUUAUUUUCAAAUCUCAAAAGGCAAAUUAUUAGGUCAAUGUGAUAGUAGUAUAGAAGAUAAAAAAUCAUAAAGUAAAUUCCUGUGCAUUUAAUUGUAAAUUAAAAAGUAGAUAGAUACAUAUAACACAAUCAAUAUUACAAAAUAUACAAACAGCAAUAGUGUUUCUUUUUUUAUUUAUAAAGGUUCUUAAAAAAAAUUUCCCCUUAAAAAUGUAAUGCUUGUAAGGGGAUCUAGAGGUGGAUUAUUAAAAUAAAUAAAUAAAAAAGAAAUAAUAAAAUAUAACAUGUAUGCACUUGAUUAUGUAUAAUACAGUAUAAAAGUAAAUAUAAAAAAUUUAUAUAGUACAAAAAAAUUACCAUUUAUUACAGUUUAUUUAUGUAAAUAAAAAAUUACUAAAAACUAUAAUAUUUUUUGACGUGAGUGAGCGUACCGACCUAAAUUUUAAGAGUUUUUAAAAGUAUUUUUUAACUGCUUGCAGUUUAAUGGUCUUUUGCGACAUAUCACAUUUUCAAGCCUGCAGGAUUUGUUUCAAACAGCAAAGUUUAUGAUACUUGCCAAAAUAAAAAAAAAGGAGAACGCCCUUGAAUUUCUCACUAAAUUGAAUUAACAGUCGUCGCAGUCCUCCGACAGCAUCCAGAAUGCCAAAUAAGGAAUGGGGCGAGACUUACUUUGUUGCACAAUCACUGACACAUUUUGACACCACUGUAGUAGUAAAUGUUACUACGCCUGUUUCUCAUUUAGACAUAAAACACAUACGUCAACUCAUGGGCACCUCUCCAAAACACAACUUGAGGUAUAGCUGCCGUACUCAUUAAAACAGCUCGCUCGCACAGCUUUAUGCUCGCGCAAGCCCGGCCUGCGGCAGACUGACUGACAUCAAACCUCCUACCCCUCACGCCCCUUCACCGGCGCUCACUAGUCGCACCAACUCGCACUUUCCAGAAGUUUGUGCUCACACAUGUAAAUCUACACUAAUAAUAAAACUGUUCCGAGCCAAAAAGUCUUUACAUUGGAUGAAAUUACCAAAAAAAAAAAAA